AUGGAGAUCCAAGUGCCCUCAACGGAUCCUAUUCGCGACGGCGAAGGCUUUCUUGUCAAAUGGUGCUACGAUGACCGUCGUGCCAGCGAUCGACGCAAAUUGUACAACAUACUCUUCAGGGCCAAGUCCUUUAAUGAUUUGAUCCCCACCCUGAACAUGGUCUGGGACAGGGACUCGCUAGCCUUAGCUCUCAAUGACACCCCUGAAACCUACAGGAUACGAGCCUUCAACCAGCUUCGAGAACGCAACCCCGAUGCAUAUAAAGAGCUUGUCGGGAAAGUUUCAAGCCUUCAACGGAUUGUAUACGAGAAGGAACUGGAUCCGACUUUUCUUUAUCCACGCGUGGCUACGAACUCUUUCAUGGCUACCCUGCCGCCCGAGGCACGUCAAUGCUUCGACUGCGGCAAGGAAUUCGACGAGUUUUCAGAUAUGAUAUGGCGGCCAUGUCGGAAACAUGUCGGAUCCGGCAACUCCAUCGUCACCGUCUCCAGCCUACAACAGUCGGACGAAGCCUCGCACCAAUCGCUCCUCAUUAUCCCCUGUCGGCCCAUCUCCCUUCGUCCACGAUUCCCCCCGUGGGCUUUCGAUGACCAACUGGCGUUCUUCGACUGCAAGCUUAGACAGCCUCACCACAUCAUCGACAACGACCUCGUCUGGGUGUACCUCGUCAGCUUCUGGCACCAAUACCAAGAAUCUCGCGAUUGUGGGCCGCCCCAAUCUUCUAGGCUUGCCCGUCUCACUGGCAAACUCCUCGCUGACUCCGACAUGGACAAGGCUAUGUCUUACUGCUACGACCGUGGUGGCGGUCAGUACACUCGUCUUGUCCCCGUCGAUAUGCUUCCCAUUAAACUCAAAGAUAUCCCCCGUCGUGUCAACACCGACGAGGGCAUGAUUGUCCUGCCUGUUCCCCACCGGCCAGGUCCCGAUGGCCAGUUGACCAAAUUGCAGCUGGAGUCUGUUGUGAUCCCAUCUACCAGCCCCAACGGCGUCUCGACUGAUAACAUACAGUCUCGCAUCGAUUCGAUCAUCAACUCAUCCCCUGGCGCCAGCAGCAGCGCUCUCGCCCUGUCUACGCGCGGCUUUGAUGGCGGCACGAACCGCUCCCUGACCACCCAGAACCACGGCGGAGCACCCGGCGGCGGCCCCCGGCACGAGAAGAUCUACUGCGACAAGUGGAUCCAUGAUGGCACUUGCGCCUUCACCCAGCGGGGUUGCAAGUACAAGCAUGAGAUGCCCCACGAUCGUGAGACCCAGGAGACGCUGGGCCUCUUUCACGGAUACCCUGCCUGGUGGAAGAAGCAGGCGGUUGAGCAGCAACGUCCUCUGGCUAUCGACGACCGCCUUGUUAGCGUCGGUCCCGGUCGUGGCGGCUUCCCUACUUCCGUUUCGGCUGGUGUUCUCGGCAGCAGCCUUAGCAGUGCUGUAGUUUAUUCCAACUGGCGUUUUGGUGCUGUUCACGCCGGCGACAGCGUUGUCCAAGGAAUCAACUCUCACACUGCCCCCGCCACUGACACCAAGAUCAGCGGCGGUCUUGUUCGCAGUGGCAGUAUCGACUUCGGCGGCAGCAGUCGUGGCAAUGCGCUCCAACCUCACACACCCGCCUCUUUCCACCCGGCUACUUACGGGCCCAUCGCGCCCCCUUCUCGUGUUGGCAUCAGUGGCAGCAGUGGACCUAGCUCCGGCGUUCCGACGACCCGCAACAGUCGCGCGCUAACCACCUCGUCCAUGGCCAGCACCGAUGAUGGCCCACGCGGCUGCGGCGCCCCCUUCCACCGCUCUGUCCUCGACCCCAGCAAUCCCUGUGCGGCGCUCGGUACCAUCUCUUCGCAGGCUCGUGUCCAGCAGGAGGAGAGUGGCAGCGAUGACGGUGACACCGCCACUAACUCGGGCGAGCAGGGAGAGCAGCGCGGCGCUCCGCUUUGA